UUGAAUCACGGUAGACUUCUGCUAGCUGUUUGAAAAGGACAACUCUUCAUUUGGUUUGGAGUUACCAUUUCUCUGUCUUUGUAACACGGUUUAUCACAUUUAUUUAGUCCGGGCAGUCGUGUAUUUUUAACGGCCACAUUUAUUUGCUUGAAGUGGGUUCAGAAAAAAAUUGUUGAAUGGAUCCGAGGGUGGCUUGGAAUCAGCCCGAGCAGAAAGGACCUGCGAACGCUUUAUGGAUGCGAAUCUGGGAGAUUUCUCAGGUACGAGCAACCUCCGGCCAGCUUCAUCAUAAUCUGAACCACAACCUGUGUGUGAAUUAUCCAGCAUUGGACGUUUAUAAAAAUGUUGCGGCAUCGAGCAAUAGCAUUUGCAGCAACACCACCGCUAGCCUGAGCAGCAGCCAUCACUGUAUUUCAAACGGCACUACUAACCACCGCACUGCAUUUUCCUCCUUCGGGUCAACGUUACCUAACGGCAAUGUACAGAACAUAUUGACCCCGUCAAACGCGAACGGUACCAGUGUAACGACAGAUUUGGGAGAUAGUGAAAUGCCUCAAAAGACGGGAUCUAUCUCGUCUUCAGUGGAAUCUGGAACGGAUAGUCCAUCUUCGAACUGCUCUUUGGGAAGGAAUAGCGGUGGAAAUGUAACGGGAAAUAUUAAUAAAAACCCUGGAGGUGCCAAUCUGUUCUUUAGCUUCAGUGAAAGCAUGCAUAAUAAUGUCAACCAAUACCACCAAAGGCAUAAUCAGGAUCACCCGCAGUACAAUUUCCAACAUAAUUGUGUGAAGCGUCACCCGCCUGCACCCUUGAAUAACCACACUCACCAUCCAGGCCGAAGGAAAAGUGACAACAAGGCGAGCACCUAUGGGAUGAAUUACUUGCUUUCUAACUGGACUAAUGGCAACUAUGUUAGUUCGGGGACUGGGACACCUUGGAAGACGAGGAAAUACAGCCCCGGUGUUGAUGGUCUCCAUGAGGAGGUGGUGGACUUCUACAACUUCAUGUCUCCCAGACUGGAGGAGGCUGCUAUGAGGAAGGAGGUGGUCAACAGGAUCGAGACGGUCAUCAAGGAGCUGUGGCCUACUGCCGACGUGCAGAUAUUUGGCAGCUUCAGCACUGGACUCUACCUACCCACAAGUGACAUAGACCUGGUGGUGUUUGGGAAGUGGGAACGCCCGCCAUUGCAGCAGUUGGAACAGGCCCUCCGGAAACACAACGUGGCAGAACCUUUCUCCAUCAAAGUGCUGGACAAAGCUACGGUGCCAAUCAUCAAGCUGACUGACCAGGAGACGGACGUCAAAGUGGACAUCAGCUUCAACGUGGAGACAGGAGUCAAAGCUGCUCUCUUCAUCAAGGACUACACCAAGAGGUUUCCCGUGCUGCCUUACCUGAUCUUUGUGCUGAAGCAGUUUCUGCUCCAGAGAGAUCUCAACGAGGUGUUCACUGGAGGAAUCAGCUCCUACAGCCUCGUCCUGAUGGUCAUCAGCUUCCUCCAGCUCCACCCAAGGAUUGAUGCCAGUAGCCCCAACAUCAACCUUGGCAUCCUGCUGAUUGAGUUCUUUGAGCUGUACGGCCGCCAUUUUAACUACCUGAAGACUGGCAUCCGCGUCAAGAACGGAGGGGCCUACAUGGUCAAGGAGGACAUGACGAAGGUUAUGACCAAUGGCUACAGACCCUCCAUGCUCUGUAUAGAGGACCCACUGAUGCCAGGUAACGAUGUUGGCAGGAGUUCGUACGGAGCCAUGCAAGUCAAGCAGGUGUUUGACUACGCUUACAUCGUCCUUGGUCACGCUGUGUCACCGCUAGCACGCUCCUACCCCAACAAGGACAUUGACAGCACUUUGGGGAGGAUAAUCAAGGUGACCCAGAAAGUGAUUGACUACAGGGAGUGGAUCAUGACUAAGUGGGGGGGAAGGCACCUCGCCCGCAUGGAGAGCCGGGGUUCCGUCCUGGAUCAGGACCCAGCAGGGUGUGUGUUGGGUGUAGGCGUGGAGGAACAGAGGGACUCAGUCUCCCCUCACAGUGCAGACUCUCCCAUGUCCCUGUCCAGUCCUCACCAACACUCCUCAGCCUCCUCGGUCUCCUCGCUGUCCGGGUCAGACAACGACUCUGAUUCGACGCCGUGCCCUGGCCCUCCUCCGGCGCUGCCCCCCUACACCCUCCAGGCUCUGGGUAUGACUCUACCCCUGGGCCUGGCAAUGGGCAAGCCUAGCAUCAACCAGCAGCACCUCAUCAUGUCCCCUGGCUCACAGGCGUGUUUGUCUUUGCCCAGUGGCCUGACGAUGCACUCGUUACCUGGCAGACAGGUGGGUAUAGACGGGCAUCCCCUCGCCCCCUUCUUCCACAUGACCCCCCCUACCCACCACCCUGCCCCCUCCAAACCCCAGCCUCUGUCCAGCCCCCACCCCGCCAGCCACACACACCAGAAUGGUCCUAAGUUUCACAUGAAAGGCUCCCACAAUCCAGCUGUGAUCCAUAGUCCCGGCCUGGCCAACCACGCCCACCCUCUCACACACACGCACUCACACACGCAGUACCGCCAUACCUGGCGCCGCCGGAAGAGGGACAGCCUACCAGUCAGCCUGAGCAGAUAAAGGAUAAAACAUCCUCCUCAUCCUCUCCUCCUCCCUUCAUCCCUCUCUCAUUCUGACUGAUAGGGAGGACAGCUUGAUGAGACAGUGCUCCCUGCUGUUCAUCUUGGAGGACAGGCAGGCAGAGGCACCAGACCAGCAUUGGGAUUCAUUCAACAUUUUGGGCUGCUGAAGUUUGGCCCUGAGGAGGGAAAGAAGUGUAGCUCUGGGAAAACUCUUUCUCCAUCGCUCAUCCUCUCCCAAUCUCUGCAUGUUUUUUACUGCGCAAUGAACCAACGGCCAACGCUACGGGAACGAGCAGUGUGGCUAGCGAACAGAACGCAGCCCAGCCCAGCCCAACGUGCACUGAGACCCCAAAACUUUUCCGCAGCUCUCCAGUCUUUCACUUCCUGUUUGGGAUCCACGUUUGUUUUCUUUUGGUAAUGUUUAUUGUUCACAUUAAUAUAAUUUUUUUGCGCUUUGCCCUUUUUCACAUACGUUCGAGGAGACUGAGGAUAGUGACAUCUUUGCCAGGUGGGAGUAGUGAAAGCCCAGUGUCUUGUGGUAAAUUGAGUUUAUUUUUGUUUUUUUGACUGGGUUGUGUUGUGAAGGCGACAACCUUUGUCCUUGAACCCUGCAGCCAAGCUGUAUCUUUUUCAGUGUUCACACAACGGACGGUUUCUCAUUUGUGCAAUAACGUGUUCUAUAUAUUUUUUUAUCUUAUCAAUCUUUAUUUAAUGUUAUUAUGCGUGUAUGUAAAGGCAUUUUGGUGUUUCUGUUUUUAAGAUUGUAGUUUUAUUGUAGUAGUUUUUUUGAAAAUUUUGCAAAGAGUUUACAGAACCUUUCCCCAGAUGGCCUCCGGUCUGGAGAGUGUGUGACGGAGUGUGUGUCUGUGUCAAGAGUGUGUGUCAAUUGGUGAGCUGUUGGUGUCAAAGUAUAGUCAACCCCCCCCCAUGGGUGUUUUAUAAUGUGUGGAAAGGAAGAAUCAGAAGCAGCUGAGUCACUUCAGACUACUGCAAUGCAACCUCUAUUGUUUGACAGGUUAAAAAGUCUGUAAUCUCACAUUGUCACACUAGAUGGAGCUCUUACUCACGCCCAAUACCAUAGCUGUAGUUUUAAAAAUCCUUAUCUUUAUUUGGUGCUUGACUGAGUGAGUCAAUGUGAGUGUGUGCGCAUGUAUCAGUCAUAGGAUGACUUAGUCACCCAACGUUUGUGCCAUUUUUGCUACUCAGUCCUAGUGUAGUCUAGGGCUGAAAACUUUCCCAUUGCAGGAGUUUAGCACAAGGCCAAGUACAUAUUGUAUGCCCCAAGUGCGUUUCUGUUGGUGUAUGUAUGUAGGUAUGUAUGUAUGUAUGUAUGUAUGUCUGUCUGUCUGUCAUUUUUUAAAGAUGUGCAUGGUCUAGUAAGUAUGAGGGGUGGAGUUCGAUAAAGGAACAGCCAAACUGACCUGAACUUGAAGAUUGGUGAGUGGUGUGAAAUGGCACCCUAUCCCCUAUGACAAGUAGUGAACUACAUAGGGGAUGGGGUACCAUUUUAGACGUGCCCUAAAAGACUAGGUGCUCUAAAGGGUCUUUCUUAGCGGGGGAGAAAGUUCUGGGGUCGUCCGGAACAGUGGAGGAAAGGGAAUAAUUUUGAUUCCAUUCUGGAAUCUUGUGUAUAUUUGAUUGCCAGGUACUUCCGCUAGUUGUUUGCAAUGCCUUUUCUUUGUGCUUACUUCAGUGUGUGUGUGUGUGUCGUCUCUGCAGGCAUACACUGUGUGUGGUGGAGGCUCAGCUCGGUAGCUACACACUGACCAUACGGUGGUAUUACUAUGCAAGUGGGUUAUUUUGUGUGCCCCAGUAUUUCUGUUUCCAAUGACAACCACUGCUUGUUGGAUCGGAGUGAUGUUACUGUAAACUCAAGUUAGAACGAAUAGGCCUGUGAUUGGUGGGCUAGGCUAAAUGGUGGUUAGCCAGCCUCAGCCCAGUUACGAGUGAACUACAAAACUCUGUCUUUGUAUGCAAGUCCUGAUGUUUUAAGUCUCUAGUUCAGAAAGUCUAUGGAAGGGCAUGUGCGUAUGUAUAAGUGGUCGGGUAUCUGUAUGUCUGGCUUGUCUGAGAGAAUAGCAUGACUGGUUGUUUUAAAUGACACCCUGUUCUCUAUAGUGCAUGCUAUUGUUCCCUAGUGCUGGUCUAAAGUAGUGCCCUAUAUAGGGGUUAGGGUGUCAUUUGAGACAACCACUUGAAUAAUAUAAAAGUGCACAUGGGGAGCGACUUGCACUCUGUAGUGGACGACUUCAUACCCUCCCUAGUGCACUACAGAGUCCUCUACCCUUACUGAGACUGUGUUAGGCGCCAAUGUCACUCUCUGUAAUGUUACUAUAGCAACUUUUAACCACCAAUCAAAACUCAACCUGGCCAAUUUACCGCCUUUGACAGGGUCGUCGGUCCCAAAUGGCAUCCUGUUCUGAAUGUAGUGCACUACUUUUGAUUAGAUCUUUGUAGUCUCUUGUGGAAGGUAGCGGGGCUAUGUAGGAAAUAGGGUGCCAUUUGAGACUUACCCAUGUCUGCUUUUAGAGAGUAGAACCAGCAUCUGUCAGAGAAGAGCUCAAACACUAUUUAUCUCUGGUUGGAGAUUUGUCAAGCCUGUCAAAGUUGUCCACCAUUUUUACAGAUUCUAUUAAGACUGAAAUGCAGUGUGAAGUCUGUAUGGAUUCAACUCUGUGUGCAUCCCAAUGGUCUACACAAGCUUCCUCCCCUCCUUUCCUUUAUCUGAUCUGAAAGAAAUUUACAAAACUGAACUGAUCGGAGAGAUGUGGAGGAGAGGAAGCCUCUUUAGACCGUUGAGAACAAGAAACACAUGUACACAUAGAUGCAAUGUAAUGCACUCCAUUGCAUCACAAUGGGGGGAUUUUAAACUUAACGGCUGCUGUUUUGUGAAAGGUGGCGGCUCUUCUGUCGUGGCCAAGUCAUCUGAAGAGGAACUCCUAAAAUGGUCGCCAAACUAGCAGCGGUCACAGAGUGACAGCCUGGCUUUUGUUUUGAACAUUUUUUUAUGUACCGGUAUAUUUUUUUCUAUUUUAUUUUUUAAAUAAACAUCUUAAAACUG